AUGUUCAAGAAGGCCCCACAGUCGGUCGGCGUCAAACGGAAAAUAGACCUGACGAAUAGUGGGGAAUCCACACUCGGAACCCUCCACAAUGCGGUUUACUUUGACGAGAAUGACUUUGACGAUGAUCUUGAUCUUGACCUUGACGAACCGAUCGCGCUGAAUGUGCCCCCUGCUGCAAGUUCGACAUACACUUCGAGACCCGAUCCAGUGAACUAUCCGACCAUCGAUUUGACCUCCCCAGACCACCCCCAUGCCGCCGCCCCGCGCUCUCGAGACUCGCCAUCGGACGUCAAAUACCCAGAGUUACCGCCCCCCUCCCAAGAGCAGGCGGCUCCCCCGAGCAGUAUUCAGUUUCCUUGGUCAUCAUCGCCGCCCUCUCACUUUCAGCCGCCACCCAAACCGCGGACAUUGCCGUGGUUGAAGGAGGCCCACGAGGAGCCUCUGGAUUCGAAAAAGUCAAGCUUUGUCACGCCGAAGAGGACCAAGCCAGCCGAACCUUGGAACAAGACCGCUAGCGCCAUCAAGGAAGAACAGAAGGAACUCCGACGAGAAUACAAGGAAAGCCAAAAGGCCGACGGCGCUCCGAAGCAAAGAGACAACGCCAAGUUGGCCAAAGUCUUCCUGAGUGACGAACAAUUACAUGUGGUCGAGGCCGUUGUCACUCAUGGCAAAAGCAUCUUCUUCACUGGCUCGGCUGGUACCGGUAAGUCAGUCUUGAUGAGAGAGAUCAUCAAAAAGCUGCGGGAUAAGUAUAAACACCAGAUCAAGAAAAACCAGAAAGCCCGUAAUCGAUGGCUGCGAACCAAAGUGUUGAUUAUCGACGAGGUGUCGAUGGUUGACGGUGACUUGUUCGACAAGCUCGAGGAAAUUGCCCGACGAAUCCGCAAUAAUGGUCGCGCUUUCGGAGGCAUUCAGCUUGUGGUGACUGGCGACUUUUUCCAAUUACCACCUGUGCCAGAGGGCCAUGGCCGCGAAGCGCGGUUCGCCUUUGCGGCGGCAACUUGGAACACUACAAUCCAGCAUACUAUUCUUCUGACCCAUGUGUUCCGUCAGAAGGACCCAGAGUUUGCUUCGAUGCUCAAUGAAAUGCGGUUGGGCAAGAUUAGUCCCACAACAAUCGACGCAUUUCGAAAGCUGUCUCGGCCUCUUGAUUUCCAUGACGCUUUGGAAGCAACCGAGCUUUUUCCAACUCGCGCUGAGGUCGAGAACGCAAACUCACAGCGGAUGAGUCGGCUGUCUGGAGAAGUGAUGACCUUCCAAGCGGUGGACUCUGGAACAAUCCAAGACCCCCAACAUCGGGAGAAGCUUUUAUCAAACUGCAUGGCCCCGAUGACAAUACAUCUUAAGAAGGGUGCUCAAGUGAUGCUCAUUAAAAACAUGGAAGACACACUCGUCAAUGGCUCCAUUGGACGAGUAGUAGCAUUCAUGGACGAGACGACGUUCGAUUGUUACAAAGACAAUGAAGGGGACUUUGUGGCAGGAGGUGACGAGAAUGCAGAGGAUGCGGCUCUCCGCGCCCGGAAGAAACUGAAGCCUAUGGCGCACAAAGAAGGAGGAGUCACCGUGACACGAAAAUGGCCCCUGGUCAGUUUUGUUCAGCCUGAUGGGACAGAGCGUCAUCUUCUCUGUCAACCUGAAGCCUGGAAGAUCGAGCUUCCCAAUGGUGAAGUUCAAGCCCAACGUCAGCAGGUACCCCUCAUUUUAGCAUGGGCACUGUCUAUCCAUAAAGCCCAGGGUCAGACCUUGCAGCGAGUCAAGGUUGAUUUAGGAAGGGUGUUUGAAAAAGGACAGGCCUACGUGGCACUGAGUCGUGCGACUUCUCAAGCUGGUCUACAAGUUUUGCGAUUCGAUCCUCGCAAGGUCAUGGUACAUCCAAGGGUCACGGAGUUCUAUUCGAACCUCAUCUCCAUCACCCAAGUCAUCCAGGGAAGACAGAGCAAAUCGAGUGGUGAAGACGGCUAUGAUGAGAUAUGA